CAUGCGCGCACAGUCUUCCGGGUGCUUCGCAGCGGUUGGCUGGGGACGUACUUCCCUGUCUUGAUAAAUAUCAUAUAUCUGUUUGGCUGUACUAGAAUUUACCAUCUACCGUCAUGGCGCUGACAAAGAGUAUUUACAACCUGUUUUUCAGGAGGACUUCUACGUUCGCAGUCACCAUUAUGGUGGGAGCAGUCUUGUUUGAGCGAGUGUUCGACCAGACAGGAGACGCUAUUUUCGACCAUUUGAAUCGCGGGAAACUGUGGAAACACAUCAAACACAAGUAUGAAACCGAAGAGGAUGAAUAGUGUCGCGACCCCGGCCAUACUGAACAGAUGGAAUUUAUAGGACUUAAGUCGAACCUUAAGUUCCUACAGCCAAACAUGAGACUGCUUUGGAUAUCUUGGAAUGAAGACUUCUGUCCGAUUUCUGUCAAAUUCUAUCUAUAAAAUUAACACGCAGUGACAUUCAUUCGACCUGUCUGUCAAUAUAAUAAUGUGGUUAAAAAUAAACGACAUUACACCAUCA